GUUGUGUUGUGGUUAGUUGUGCUGCCAGCUGAUGAGAGCAGCAGCAGGAGGAGGAGGCUGCUACACCUGUAACUCACAACUCACCACACCUGUAACUCACAACUCAUACGUUUCCCCUCUCCUCAUCACCUCACAAUGGCUGACCAAGACAUCUUGACAACGCUCAAGAUUCUCAUCAUCGGUGAGAGUGGCGUUGGGAAGUCAAGCUUGCUACUACGUUUCACAGAUGACACUUUUGACCCAGAGCAAACUGCAACAAUCGGUGUUGACUUCAAAGUUAAAACAAUUUCAAUAGAUGGAAACACAACUAAAUUAGCAAUUUGGGAUACUGCAGGACAAGAAAGAUUUCGCACAUUAACACCAAGCUACUACCGUGGAGCUCAGGGAGUUAUUCUCGUUUACGACGUAACCCAGAGGAACACAUUUGCCAAGUUAGAGAUGUGGCUUAAUGAAUUGGAUACAUAUUCAACUAAAACAGACAUUGUCAAGAUGUUAAUUGGUAACAAGAUCGAUAAGGAAAAAGUUGAAGUGAGUAGAGAAGAAGGCCUUAAAUUUGCUAGACGCCAUGCUAUGCUGUUUAUUGAGGCUUCAGCCAAAACCAAGGAUGGAGUACAGUGUGCCUUUGAAGAACUUGUCCAUAAGAUUAUCCAGACACCUGGCUUAUGGGAGAUGGACCAGAGAUCACAGGGCGCCUUCAGCGUGUCAAGCGAGCCUUCAGACAAGGAAGUGUACUGUGGUUACUGCUCUCUUCUGUAGAACGCAUUGGCGGCCACUAUUGUGACAUCGUGCGCAGGAACAUGUUGAUACCUUGCGUCACUCUAUUUUGAGUGAGUUUAUCAAAGUGUAAUAGCAUUGGUCAUUAUGGGGUGUAAGUCAUUCUUUGUGAGAAGAAAAUAAUGUGAAUAAAAGAAAAGGUAAAAUGAAAUACAUUGUUUGGUAAGAGUUGAAUUUGAAAUGCAAUGAUUUAGGAUGACUUUGAGUAGGCUGGUGGCUUGGUUACUGGAACGUAUGUCUAUACACAGUGUGUAUAUAUAGAAACACACUGUGUAUGUAUAUAUAUAUAUAUAAAUGCUUAAAGUAGUGAUAAAUCUGUUUUAAAUGAGUUAUUUGUAAAGAGGAUGAGUGUGUUUGUUCGCAAUGUGUAAACAGUGUUAAAAAUCAGCUCAACAUAUUAAAUGUUUGAACAGUUUGUUUUUGUAAAUUGUGCAAUAAUUAUUAAUGUUUAUAUUGCAUUUACUAGUAUGAGAAUCUGAAUGUGUUUUAAGACUGUUUCGUAGUUGUGUGCAUAUUUGUUUGUAUUUACUAGUCGAGUAUAGGCUCAGUGCUUAUAGAUGAAUUUGACACUUAACCUUGUAUGUUAUGAAUAAAUAAAAUCGGUUACCCAUUAGUGUCAUGUGUAGUAGAGUUGUAUUGAUGCACCAGAGAGUGAAAAAGAAAAAUUUGUGGCACACCUUCAGUUUUUGACAAAAGCAAUGGUGUCGGUAUGUUAUUGCUAUAUACUUAGAAUGGCUGAAAACAACACAUUUCACUUAAACCAAUUGACCUUUCUAAAUUGAAGUAUGCCAGUUGAUAAUACAAUAUAUUUAACCCUGUCAUUGGAAAAAAAAAAAAAAAAAAAAGUCAGGCAUGUCAAUGUUUGAAGUUGAGGCAAAAUAGACAAACGACAAAAUGAAAUGUGUAAAAUGACACUCAUUUUAAGAUGAGUAGGAGGGGGAGCAAUGAAUGUGGGCCAUGUAAUAGUGGGUGCAGGUACUGUGUGAUGAAAUAAAUUUUUAAUAUUAAAAGUUCCUGCAA